CUGCUAGAAUCCGGUCGGUGACAAGCGUAUCGCAGAAAGUGAUCAUGAUUAUUUUUCUCAGGUUUUGAAAGAAUUAAUCACUGUCCCAGGAAUGCAAUGCUAAAUGGAAUUGGAAUUGAUUCCUCUUCAUCAUCGCAAAGAAAGUUUAGACGAAUGCGUAAAUGUAUUGAAUGCCGAGUGGCCAAGAAGUGUGCCAGCAAGAGUGUAUAGUUUGGAGAAGUCAUGCGAUGACCUGCCCUGCAGUCUACUUCUUCUACUCGACAGUAAGGUCAUUGGUCACAGUCGAAUCCUGAAAGUUCAUGGGAUUGAAAAUGCUUGUCUUAUUGAAUCAGUGGUGAUUGAUAAAAGUUUGCGUGGAAAGGGUUAUGGCCGAAAACUUAUGGAGCUUACAGAAAACUAUGCACACAAACUGGGCUUCAGCAUAGUGUUUCUGAACACGGUUGAUAAACAGGACUUCUACGAACACCUUGGUUACCAGCUCUCCUCUCCAGUCAACAGUCUGGGAGCAAAUGCUCAUAGAGUCUCGGACAGCUUUAUCAAGAAAUUUAUGGGUGCUUCAUUGGAAGAAACCAGAUCAGAAAGUCAGGAGAAGAAAGAUACCGCUGCGCCUUCUGUUGCACCUCCAGCUCCACCACCUCCCCCCACUCCACCACUACCCCCUGCACCACUGACCACAGUGGGUGGAGGUGAUAACAAACCCAGGCUGAGGUUAAUCAAAAAUUCAAUAACAUGGAUGAAAAAAUCUUUAUGAAUGUCGCUUAUCAAACCAUUUGUUAAAAUUUCGUCUUUAAAAAAAAAAAAAAAUACAUUAAGGAAACUGCAAGCCAUGACACUUUAUAUGUUAAGAUUAAAUAUAUGAAGCCAAUUUUUCUACUUAAGUCUGCCCCAUUUAGCUUUCUCUUGAUCCAGUACCAUAUCAUUUCCCCCAUUUUGGUAUCUAAUCCUCUUCUUCAGUUCAUUUUGCAGUUCACUACUGUGAUUACAGAAGGUUUUUGGGGUGAAUAACUAGUAAUAGUUUUAAAAUUACUAAAUCCCAGUUAUGUCAUCUGAUAAAUAUAUGCAGUCCUCUAAUGUCCUCCCAAGAAAACAUAAUUUGGUAUAUUAUUGUCUUGUAACUACAUGUCCUCUGUAGAAUGUGUAUUCCAGGACUAACAGAGGUAGAUCUAGGCCCUCCCCCCCCCCCCCCCUUAAAAUUUGCGACAGUUAUAAUUUAAUUAUAUAGUAAUUUUCAUUUUUUUUUUAUGAUCCCCAUCCAAACAUCCCCCAAAGUUCCCCUUGGCAUUCUGCCUCAUGUCAUUGAGCCCCACCAACCCCCCCCCCCCCCCCCCCCCCCAAUGGAUUUUCUGAAUCCACCACUGACUAACAUAGUCAGAUCAUAGGAAUUGGGGGAAGUGGGUGCAUGUGCCCCUUCCGUUGAGUAAAACAAAUUACUUUUUUAAUCUACUAUAAUAUAAGCUCAGUGGGUCAAGAAUUUAAAAAAAGAUUUGCUUGUUUUGAAAAUCCACUGGUCAUGGUUAAAAAUUCACUUCUUUUCACUUGCCAUCGGGCUUACUCAAAUUAAUUUGUUUGUGGGCCAGAGUCUUAAAAACCACUGGCCUCGGGCCACCGUAUUAUAGAACCUCUGAUAAGCUAAAGCAGUGUGCUUAUAUCUCCCCACCCACAAUCUUCAUAUAUCAUUCCUGUGGCCUUGUAUCCUGAAUCAUUUGUCCAAUCAUGUCGUCAGUAAAACAAAAUCCUUACCUUUAGAUAUUUUCUUCAGUCCAGUGAUUAAAAAUAAUUUUAUGUCUCUUACCAGACUAUACAUAUUCCGUGCUUGCCUUACCUAUAUACCUUAUUUUCUUGUCUUUUCCUGUCAUUCUAGUCCAGUCAUUAACUUUUAACUUUAAUGGUCACAUCACAAUUACCCCACACACCCCAUUCUUGUUGCCUAUUGGCCUCAUGUUUUUUAAUGGUAUUGCUUGUUAUCGUAUUUUAUAAGUAUUGUUGAAGUAUUAUUUUUAAAGAGAAGAAAUUUGAAAUCUCUUUAUUAAACUUUUUAUUUUGUCUUCAUAACAGCAAACAUUAUGGAAAUUAAACUUAAAAUUGUCAUAAUUAUUUCCAAUUUAAGUUUAAGCAUGCUGUCCUGGGCACACACCUCACCUAUUUGAGUUGUCUGUUCAGAACAGUGGACUAGUGAUUAGUGAGAGAGAUGUCUGUGUUGUGGUAUUAUAGAAGUUUACAAACACAUACACAACACACAUACACAACACACACAUACACAACACACACAUACACACACACAACACACAC